UUCCAUUUUGAAUGUGGCGCCUCGAUAUUCAUUUAUUUAUUAUUUUUAAAAAUUUAUUUCACAACAAAUUAGUCGUGUGUGUGUGUGUGUCCUCGAGGAUGCGCUGCCAAAUAUGUCAAUCACGGCAUGGACAUGUUGUAAAUGUCACCGAAAACCCAAGUGACGAUAAGCAAUCCCGAUAGAGGCACACCCUGCGCAAAUCAAAUUAGUAAUUACUCUUUAGAAAAUAAACAUUUAAAAAUAUAAAUAAAAAAAAAGGGAGGACCCAUAAAUGAAUUAUGAAACUUGAUUGACUGCCACCAGCCGAGCGAAUUAGAGGCUUAAUUGUAUUUGGCUGAUAGUCUCGGUGGCAGCCUGCUGUUAUUGAAGCUCGAAUGACGAGAGACUAGAAAUAUCAUUUAAAAAAAAAAAGAAAAAAGUGCAGAUAUGUGCGGCGUUGCGUGCGCCAUUAAAAGAUGAAUAUUGAUUGUUGAUAGUGCCUCUGUAACCCCCACAAAAACAUUAGGCCCGGCCCUUCGUCGGCUAUUCUGAUCGAUGCCGCGUAGCAUCCGAACGGGAGGAAUUCAAAAUCAAAGCCGUCGCUAUGGCAACGCCCCUGCCAGAUUCCACCGAUCGAUGGCGUCGGCCGGGGUUUGCGAGAUGCGCCAGCGAAAGGCCGGCGUCCUACAUAAAGCGUGCGGGAUCCGGGAGCCGGGCGGCACACACACGCAAACACGCACACGCGCACACACACACGAGGGGGCAACGCACCUCUGCCAACAUCACCGCAGUGAGAAGACGAGCUCAGCCGGAGAGAUGAUGCCCUCCUGCGAUCGAGGCGUGCUUCUCGGGGUCUCUUGGACCACCCUGGUCCUCUUGAGCCACUUGAUCUCAGUUCGAGGAGCUCCCCUGAAGCUGGACGCGCCCCCGGACUCGGGGGCCGCCGUCCUGAAUCACUCCAUGAGCCUGGUGCGGCGAAUGGAGGGCCUGCUGGCGGCGGGCGACGGCAGCGACGUCACCCUCCGCGUGCACACGGUCGGCACGGACGAGGCGAAGGUGAUCCAGGCUCACGGCCUGGUGCUCGGCAUGCAGAGCGACGUCUUCCGCGAGCUGCUGCUGGACCGCAACGGCAGCGCCGUGGCGCUGAGGGAGGCGCCCGACUGCGCCGCCGUCUUCGACAAGUUCAUCAGGUACUUGUACUGCGGUGACGUGUCUGUGCGUCUGGACCAGGCGAUUUCUCUGCACAAGCUGGCGAGCAAGUACCACGUGUGGAGCUUGCAGCAGGGCCUGAGCCGGUACAUGACCCAGCAUCUGUCUAGCGACUCCCCGACGGGCCACGCGGUGGGCUGGUACAACUACGCGCUGGAAACGGGGGACGUGGCCCUGCGGGACAGCUGCCUGCAGUACCUCUCGUGGAACCUGUCGUCGGUGCUGCGGAGUCAGGAAUGGGUCUCCGUCAGCGAGGAGCUGCUCCUGUCCUUGCUCCAGCGUUCGGAUCUCAUCCUGCAGACCGAGCUGGAGCUCUACGAAGCCCUGGAGGCGUGGAUCGACCAGAACCGGCCCGGGGGCAAGACGACGGAGACGGCCCUGAGGUCGGUUCGUUACGGCAUGAUCCCGCCUCAGUAUCUCUUCCGCCUCCAGAAGCAGUCCCCUCUCAUGCAGAAGAAUUACGAGUCCGUCCGGGAUCUCCUCUACCUGGCCUUCCAGUUCCACUCGGCAUCACCCGUCACCUUGGCCAAAUACUUUGACGUCAACUGCAGCAUCUUCACGCCCCGCAACUACCUGUCCCCCUCCUGGGGCUCCCCGUGGAUCAUCAACAACCCGACGCGCGACGACCGCAGCUUCAGCUUCCAGACCCAGCUGGGCCCCAGCGGCCACGACGCCGGCAAGCGGGUGACCUGGAACUCGCUCUUCUCCCCUCGCUGGCUGCCCCUGAGCGCCAGGUCCACCUACGCCGAGAUGGGCGCCAUGCAGCCCACCCGCACCGACGGAGGCCGGCCCCGGAUCAUCGUCACGCCGGCCACGUCCAGCCCGGACUUUGCCGGGGUCAGCUUCCAGAAGACGGUGAUCGUGAUGGCGAGGCAGCAGGGCAACGUGGUGGUCCGCCACGUCUACAACUUCCACCAAAGCACGGAGGAGGUGGGAGACUUCCUGGCGGGCGCCGACCUGCAGCGCCGGGUGUCCGACUACCUGAUUGACAGCUCCCUCUAUCUGCAUAUUGUGAUAAAACCGCUGUACCAUACACUGCUUGUUGCAAAGAAAUAGAUCACGACUCCACACGCGCACACACUUUGUACUCAUAUCGCAGCAUAUACACGUCGUUCAUUACUUUGUGCAUUCAGUCUUCCAAUUAUUUACCAAAAAUGGACAUACGUUUUAUAGUAUUUCAUGCACAAAACACCACACAUAAAAAAAAAUAAUCAUCAUCAUCUUUGUACUGUAUAUGUUCAGACAGUGUGUAGUCUGGCAGUUUGUUCUUUUCCCUUAAAUGUAUUCUUCUUCUUUCUUUUUUUUUUUUUGCUUAGAAUUUGAAUAGAAUGUCAUAACUUUGUAUUUUGUCUUUUUUUCCCCCCAAUAAUCAGUUCUAGAUGUUUAGCCCAUAGAACUAAUAUCAAGUUGCAUCUAUUUAGGUAAGUGUUAAAAGAAUUACAAUCCCAUUAUUACCGUUCCUUUUUUAUAUUUCUAAUCAUUGAAACCUUAAUUGCAGCUUUAGUUCCCCGUCCCCUAUUUGUUGUGAUAUGUAUAUUGUAGCGAGAUUGAAAUGAAACUCCACAAUUUGGGAAGAAAGAAAACUAAAUCUAAUGAACAAAAGGAGAGGAUUACAAAAGAUGAAUAAUCAAAUUAUGACAAAAGUUGCCAGAAUAAAGUUGUUGUAUGGAAACAAAAGUCCAAACUUCGCAAUAUUGUCUCACUACAGUAUAUGGAAAAAUGUCAAUUUAUGAGGAUAAAGUUGUAAUGUUAAGAGUUGAGUCUCAUAUUUAAAAAAAAAAAAAAAAAAGUCCGUUUUGAGCAUUAAGGCACUUAAUAACGAUACUUAAAAUAUUACCACUAUGUUGUUGUUAUGAGAAAAUUUAAAAUUGUUCAAUGUUGCUAGAAUCUCAUUGUAUAUUUACAAUAACUAAGUUGAAAUGUUACAACUUUAUUCCUAUUCUUAAAAAAAAAAAAUAAGUUGGAAUAUUACAAAAUAUAAUAAAUAUAUCAAUGUUGCAAAAAAUAUAAUUACAAUAAUAAAGUUGAAUUGCCGCUUUAUUUUCAUUGUCAUAGACAAAGUGGUACUGUUCUGAGAAUAGUGGUAAUGUUGCAAGAAUUAUUGAAGAUGAAGUUUAUAUUUUUGAUUCUCAUUACUAGAAUUAAGUGAAUGUUACAAGAAUACAUGAAUAUUUACAAGAAGAAAGUCAUAAAUUACAAGAAAAGUCCAUGUUAACAAUAGUCAAAAUAUGACUCCGAAAAAAGAGAUUAAAGUUGUAAUGUUAAGAGAAUUAUGUUGUAAUAUUGUAAGAAUAAAAUCACAUGACAAUGUACCAGUUGUAAUAUUCGAUAUAGUAAUAUUUAUUGUUGUAAACAAUAGAAUUGUAUAGUUACAACAAUAAAGUCAUAAUAUUAAGAAUUUGUAAAAUGUCAUAUUACUUUAUUCUUGUAUUUUUACAGGAAAAUCUUUGGUGGAUACAGUCGUAAUUUAACAAAUAAUUACAUGUACAUACUUUAAAUUACAAACAUUAUCAUAUUUCCUUUGUGUGCAGUAGUUUAUAUUUACAGUACGUUAACAAUUGAAGUUUUGAGUACCCUCCCCUUUUUGUUUUGUUCAAGUGUGCAUUUUGUGAAAAUCUCACAGAGAAAAAAUAAAAGACUGAAGAAGAAAAAGUAUCUGGAUCCCGUCUAUCGUAGAAACACUACAACUCCCAUGGUGCGU